AUGACCGAGGAUGACAUCUAUCGUACAUCUACACAAUACCGACUAUGGUCAUUUACUCGGGAAUCUCUUGCAUCACUUCGCUCUACUACGAAUGCAUCCGCGGCUGAUGGCGUGCGAGCUGCCAUCCGAAGCCAGCAUGUUGGUCAAGCUGGAUCCGACCCAGCAAGAGAAGGAAGCAAUGACAAGCCUUCAGAUCCUGCAAAAGAGGUGGACUGUCUCACGGUGGAGGAGGAGCAAAAGCUGGUGGGGUUCUACUGCGUCAAGGCGAUGCAAUUUGCGGACUUCUGCGAAUUCCCCACCAAUGUGAAGGCUACAGCUGUACAAUACCUCAAGCGCUUCUACCUCUCCAAUUCCCCCAUGACCUACCACCCCAAAGAGAUGAUGGCAGCCGCGCUCUUCCUAUCUACCAAGACCGAGAAUCAUUACACAUCACUCAGAAGCUUCGCUUCUAAGCUUCCGAAGACUACACCAGAAAGUGUUGUCGCGCCUGAGUUCCUCUUGACCCAAGGUCUCCGAUUUACCUUCGACGUGCGACAUCCACACCGCGGGCUGGAAGGAGGGAUCAUGGAGCUAUUGGGCCUAGCACAAGGCAAGGGGCAGGCUGGUCCAGGGAUCAAACAGUCAUCGGAACAGCUUCAGAAAGAGAUGGUGGACAUUGAACCAGCAAAGGAGAGCAGCAAGAAAGCAAGAUCCGCGGAUGAGGUAGUUCGACGCAUACAGGUGGCUCACGGCAAGGCCAAGGAGGUAGGAAAGAGCUCAGCUCUCCUCACAGAUGCCUACUUCCUCUACACACCCUCUCAAAUCUGGCUAUCCUCUCUUUUCCUCGCCGACGAGCCUCUCGCCCGCUUCUACAUCAACACCAAGAUCCCUACGACAUCCACCCUCACGCCAAAGCUAAUCUCCACGCUACAAUCUUGUGCCGAACUUCUUCGCUCCUCCGCCUCUGCCAACCCAGGAGAAGCUGAGAUAAAAGCUCUGACGAGGAUAGACAAGAAGCUGUUCAAAUGCCGGAAUCCGGACAAGGUCGAUCUUGUCGGUAUCAACAAGGCGCAAAAGAGAGAUUCGAAAGGUGCAGGAGAAAAUGGAUUGGACGAGAGGGUCAUUAAGAAGAGGAAGCUGGAGAGGGAGAAGUCGGAAAAAGAGGCGGAGGGUAUUUUUGGGCCAACCUUGGCAAAAGAAACCAACUGA